UAGCUAUAAAACUAAUCUAAGGCUGUGUGAUCAUUAGCAGCUUAAGACUCAGGCCAUUUCCCUACAUGGCAUUUCAAGUCAUAUUUGCAUGUUGCUGCACAAACCAGAGAGCGAGGUGGGAUGUCCUAUGCACAUUACCUGUUUGUUUCCCUGGCACCUGUACCUGCCUCUAUUCGUUAAGCUGUGAUUGCACAUGCAAAACAGCUGCCUCACAGGAACACACCUCAGCUGAACUGUGAAGUGAUUGUGGCUUAUUGUUUUCAAACUGGAUGGGAGCUGGUUGGAGGGGAAAUGCAUCAAACUGCAGUAUUCCUCAAGAACUACGGGAUAUGGAUGGUGGCUAAUAAACAUCGUGUGGACACAGGUUCAGACAUCGGGAGCGGAAGGAAGCCUACUGGAGCCAGAGGAAAAGGUGUGGCGAGGAUACAGAGUCUGUACAUGAAGACCAAACAGCCAGUUCCCUUCACAGAGAUGAAAACAAGGAAAACCACCCAGACAAAGCUAUAGUCUUAGAGGAAAACCAGGCAGUGUUCCAAGAUACCCAGACACCCUGUGAUGGCACAUUGAGGGUUGGAAUGGGGAACUUAAAAUCCAGAAAGCCCACAUCCAUUUCAAAACCAGAAAAUGGGAAAAACCGUGAAGAAAGUCAGGAGAUGGGAAAUGCAUUGCCGUGGCUCUCCGACUGUCAGAGGAAAACGGGCACGCCGGCUAAUGAUUACACCGAGAACGUGGCAUUCAGAUACCAGGAAACCGUCAUCAAGUUUCAACCCAGGACAGAUCAGAGUGCAUUCAUUUCACCAAAGGAUGGCACUGAACAUUUCCAGAACUUCAGUGAGAAUUCUUUGCUGAAGCUGCAAGCCCUUGAAACUGACCUCUGCUCUGCAUUUCUGCCGAACCAGGAAGAAACACCACAGCUGCCGGCUUCAAAAGACCCAGUCGCUUCAUCGAUCCCAACCAGCAGUGUGCAAGUUGAUGGGGAGAGUUGUGGAGAGCCUGCACAAGUCUACAAAGAGGGCCAGGCAGAUGCAGACAAUGGACAUGAAGACCACCAUUCCUUAGGGACCAGCAGGCUGCUGUAUCACAUUACUGAUGGAGAUAAUCCUCUGCUGUCUCCUCGCUGCUCUAUUUUUAGCCAAAGCCAGAGAUUUAAUUUAGACCCUGAAUCAGCUCCUUCUCCACCAAGUGCUCAACUGUUCAUGAUGCCAAGAAGUUCUUCCAGAGGUAGCUGUGAUGACUGCAAAGAGCCGCAGACGAUAGCACAACUCACAAAGCACCUGCAAAGUCUUAAGAGGAAAAUCAGGAAAUAUGAAGAAAAGUUUGAGCAAGAGAAGAAUUAUCGGCCUUCUCACGCUGACAAAAUAUCGAAUCCCGAAGUAAUGAAAUGGAUGAACGACUUGGCCAAAAGUCGGAAACAGCUUAAAGAGCUGAAACUCAAACUGUCAGAAGAACAAAGCUGCCCCCUCAAAGCAACUCAAAGGAACCUUCAUCAGGAGAGCUCCAAAGAGACUGUGAAGCAGGACACAGCAGGAGCUCCCCCGAGCCCCUCCGUAGAAGAAACCAUGGAUGCCGUGAUGAAACGACUGAACGAGAAGCGGCAGCAGCUGCAUAUCCCCGAGAACGUUAAGGGAAACAAGCAAGAUAGGAGUCUGAUGAAGCCCCUUUAUGAUAGAUACAGAAUUAUCAAGCAGCUUCUGUCGACGCCAACUUUGAUCACAACCAUUCAGGAGGAGGAAGAUUCUGAUGAAGAUCAUUCCCAGAGCAGCUAUGAAUUGUCCUCUGCCAUGUCCCUCCAUUUGCCUUCUGACGAACAUCUCUGUCAUUCAGAUGAGGAGAAUGAGCCUGCCUUUGUGUCACCCCUGGAUGAAAAGAAAGCAGUCAAACAGCCUGCCCUGUCAAUGUCCAACUUGCACGAGGCCACAAUGCCCGUACUGCUGGAACAUCUCCGAGAAACGAGAGCUGAUAAGAAAAGGCUAAGGAAAAUGUUACGAGAAUUUGAGGAUCAGUUCUUUAAGCAAACAGGAAGGACUCCCCAAAAGGAGGACCGCAUCCCCAUGGCAGAGGAGUACUUGGAAUACAAGCACAUCAAAGCCAAGCUGAGGCUGCUGGAGGUCCUCAUCAGCAAGCACGAUGUCUCCAAAACCAUCUGAAGUCCAGUGGUUUGCAAUAGUAAAACUCCUUGGUCUGGGAAAAGGAGAGAGUGAGAGAGAGGAUUGCACAGGUCUGGCUCUUCCUGCACAAUGGCUUUGACACCUUGAAAUUCUGAUGCACUUUAUUUAUGUUCUACCGCUGCAGGUGAGCAAGAGAGUGAGAGAAAGGGGUGUGAGAAUGCAGGAAGGAGGAGUGAUUGAAUGGGAGGGCUAACACUUACCUGCGAGUUGUCUCUUGUUUCUGGAGCUGUUUUUUCACUCGGACAAGUUUCCCCUCGCUUUAGCCAAAAGGAGGUAAUCAUAUAUGCACAUUCAGGAAGCCGGGUUGGCGGAACUUCCUGUUUCACUUCAAAGCUCCACUGCGACGUGUUUCCAGGCAGAUGGUGCUAAUUCAACAGCACUCAAAGGUAUGGAAGGGCAGUGCAAUCAUCCAAACAGGCUCACCCAGGUUUUUAUUUUGUCUCUUUCCACUUGGGCAGCAUAGGACUAGAGAAAAAGAGAGGCAUGUCAAAGUCUCUUGAGCUGCCCAUCAGGUAAACUUGGAACAUGAUUCUAGGUAGGCAAUUCUCCUAAACCUACUCAGUCAGCAUUAUGAAGUGUCCUCCGCAAUCUGAUAGGCCUUUUUUAUUUGUGAUAUUCCAGUGUGUAGCCUGGACAGCUUUUGUAUCCUAGGAUUCACUGGGAGGGCCAGAAUGAAAACCAUCCCUAAUCUUGGGAGGAGAGAUGCACUAGUUAAGAACCUCUUUUCUGCUUGCUGGGCUAGGUAAAAAAGUACAGGUCACAGCGAAACUGUAGUUUUCCAUCUUGGUUGAGGACAGUGACGGAAGGAAAACCAGCACACCCCUGCAGAUAAAAACUUGACCAACAACCCCCAGGAAUGUGAGCAGCUGUAUUUUCUGGUUCAGUGUGCUCUAGAGGACCCUGUUUGCUGAAACACAACCAUCAGUCAAAAAUCUUACUUUCUCCGUAGAUCAAAUACCUGUGCAGGAGGGGACAUUUUUGAGAAUUUAAUGGGCACCCAAGAUGCAAGUCUUCAUCCGUCCUGCAUUUAGGGGGUUCCUGAUCCUCUUGUUUCCCCUCCAAUAUUUAACAGAUAAGGACCAUCUAAAUCCACCAGUUUGGCAGAGACACUUCUCACUUGAUGUGUAUGACACCCCUCCUGAAGUGGCGGAGAUAGGGUGGAAGUGCAGGGCAAGAUAGCUCCUGCAGGAUAAAGAGAGACUAAAGGAUGGCUCUGAUAUAGGCAGCAACCUAUGUUUGUGGAAUGUGCACAGAUUGGACUGCAUGGAAAGCUCCACUGGCUCCUGCAUCGUUCAGGCUGUAUUUAGGAUGUUGCAGGUCUGAUCAUGGAGAACUGCCAGCUGCUGACCUUUCAAGGCAGAUCUCUCUCUCACCCUCAUGAGAGGGAGAUGGAACAAAUCCUGUGGCGCCAGGGACAGCCUCCCAGGAGCUAUAAAAUUCACACCUAGAGAAAUCUAAAAAGCAAACAAACCAUCAGUUUUAAAAAGUAAGAGAGGUGGAGUGUUGUGCUGAUGACAGGUGGCUUUUUUAUCCCUUAGCUCAUGGCAAAGGAGUCGGCCAAUUAAUUUUUCCAGGCUUCAUCUCUGGCAUGAGCACUGGAAUGCAAAACACCAGGGAGGUCCUGCAUGAAAAUAGCUAUCAGGAGCAGGACUCCUCUGUGCAUUGCCUGCCAGUCUAAUUUUUCUUUAAUAGUUACAAGUUUUCGUGAGCGUGUCUCGUUGUUGUUGCCUUCAUUCACUCAUUAUUCAACUACUCCAAAGCAAAACAUCAGAGUGGAUCUUAAGACACAGUUAUGAUGAUCCAAGCUGGUUACAGGUACUUUUAAGUUUCGGAGUUUAUCCAUUUUGGCAAAGUCACGCAGUCUUGCCCAUUGCAUUUGGCUCUAGUGUUGCUGCUUGCGCCCCCGUUAUCCCAUUCCUAGAGCCUUUUGCUUUCUUGAGGAACCUUGAUUACAGUGUGCACUGAGAAACUAAAGCUUGUGGCACUCAGACUUAAAUUGCAGUCCUUGAGAUGGGAUAGAUUAAGGUCUUUGGGUAAUGUUAGCAGAGUGUUUUCUAGAGUUCCUGUUUUUGCCAGUGCUGCUACACAAGCUACCACACCACCACCAGCAGCAGCACCUGCUGUUAUUGAGCCCAAGCGCUGCUGCAGGCCAAGGACAGUGGCUACCGGCUGCCUAAACAGCAGCUGUGCUCUCCAGUAGUUGUGAUAUUGCGCAUAGAUUCAAGGGAUGCUUGGGUUUUCUUUGGAAGCUUACUGGGGUUUUGCCAGAACAAGGCCAGUAGUGCUAGACUAGCAGUUCCGAAAGCUUUAUCCGUCAUGAUAAUCUCCCUUACAAAGUGCACCCAGAAUUCACGGUGUUGCAAAUGGGGAGUAAUAAGAUCAGCAGGGCUGGUGACUGUGAUACAAAACUGACUGUUUCCAUGCCGAAACCCUUAUUAAGUUACUCUGAUUGCAGUUCUGGUGAUCUUCCAGAAGCUUUAGAAGCAGGUGUGUGUUGGAUGUCGCUGGAGCCAGGAAAAGGUUAUUCGUCACUUGAGCCCUUAACUCAUAGAGCGAGGUAAAAUAGCUUAAGAAAAUGCUGAAGCAGAACAAAGAGGUAAAAAAUAAUAAUUUUGAAAAGUCUCAGCUAUUUGGUGGGGUGCGGGGCUACGAAAUAUGGCGUAUAUAAGGGAGAAAGAACUUAAACAGGAAAGAGUGGCUAUUUAAAAAAUGACCAGGCAAUGUAAAGCUGCUCCAUCCUUUUAAGCAGAAAUUGCUUAAAAGACACCGGUUGAUAGAAACCGAAAUAAAGCAAAGUGAAGCAAAGUUAUUAAUGGCACAUGCCAAUUUUUAUUUCUGUAGCACUUUUCCUUAGCCCAGUGCUAUAAUUUGUUUUGCUUUUUCCUGACAACCAAAGCUUGUUUGAAAGCAUGCACUUUGUAGGACCUUAAUAUUUCCUGUGUGAUGAUUGCCAAGAUAGUUUAUUAAAAAUAGUGACAAUAGUUUAUUGCAUUAUGAUAUUUUGGAUAGAUCAAUGUAUGCAGAUUAUUUAAUCUAAGUGUCAUGGUGAUGAACUGAAGGAGGCUGGGCUUCUUUUCUGGUUUACUGUGAUAGAUUAUAAACGUGGAUAUAUUCCCCCACCCCUACCCCCUGGUCUUGCCGUUAAAAAAGGAACACGCCUUUAUAAACGGAGGUAAAUUUGCAAUAGGUCACGCCUGAGUGGCACAUGAAUUCCAUGGGAGAGGGACAGUCGGCGAGUUUGCACCGCUCACUGGCAAACGCAGGUUUCGGUGGCAAAGAAGAGCUCCAGGUAGAGAUAUAUGUACUGUCUUUAGUCUUGUUUUGUCAUUUUGUACCAAUGACAAGAAAACCAGGGGCAUAAUCCUUAGUCUUCCAGCACUGCUUCUGUAAAGUUGGGGGAUCCCUGGGUAAACUGUAUGUGAGGUCAUUGUGUACUGCCCCUCGUGUGGGGCUGAGCUUAACCGUGUGGUCCUGUCCUUGAGUGCGGGGCUUUAUUUUCACAAAUAGCCAGCACGGGGUUGGGGUACAAUCUAGGUCAGUACUGUGCAGUUAAGGUUGUGUGCUGCUUGGCCUGGGAGGCUGAGCAGGGAGAGGCCUCCAUCAAUGCCUCUAGGGGAACCGCCUCCUUGCGAACAGAGCUGAAGACAAUAGAUUGUACCUCAGCUCUUUUUGCUAUAGUAAUAAAAGAAGCUGUUGAUUUCAUGAAGCCUAUUUAGCCACAAAACUUGUUUUUUUAUUUAUUUCUGCUGUAUGUAACGUUGAAGCAUGGUUUUUAAAAGAGAAAAACAAAACAAAAAAAGAACUUUCAAAAAAACAUUUGUGGGAUCAUGUCACACUGCUUAUAUACCUAAGUGGAAUUUUUAAAUUUAUUUUUUAAAAAAAGAAUGAUGUAAUGUUUCAGUGUAAUUGGCUUGAUCAUUUAUAUAACUUUUAUGAAUCAGAAUGGUCUCCUUCAUAAAUCUGUUUUAAUUAAAAGUCAUGUCAGAGCAACAGGAACAGAUACACAAGAAUUUGAAGUUUACAAACUACAUCUUUGAUAAGGGAAAAAUGGUUUCAUGACAUAUGUAUACAGUUGCUAUUAAAAUGUAUCUAUAUAUUCUAUAUGAUUGUAUAAUAUUUUAUACAACAGUACAAAUAAAAUAUUUUUCUAUUUAUUAUGUUGAAACACAGGUGGGUUUUUUCCCUGCUUGUUAGCUAAUAUAAAUAACAUAAAUAACACUGUCAAACAACACAUUGGAAGUGCUGACAUUUUUUUUCCUAGGCUGCAAGAGUUAAAUCAUGCUGCAAUUACACCCUUUCAUGCUGUUUGGAGAUAUCUCAGUUAAGUUGUUCAGUAGAUUAAAAUGAAUACAUAUUUAAAACACCAUUUAGAAGCCAGUAGUUUUUUUUUUAUUUCGCUAAAGCUUGUUUAUAUAGAUUUGUUACAUUUGGCAAUAUGAAGGAGGAGGAGGAG